CAAACGACCAGCAUCUAUUUUCAAUUUACAAUACCUACGACAUACAUCAACAAUCAUGAAGACCGGACUUUUCCUCGCAUCCCUGUGCUCCCUCAACGCCUCAACGUCGGCCUGGACACCGGCUUCGUCGACGUCAACAUCGUCGCGCCGGGGCUUCCUGGACCAGGCCGCCAAGAUUGUUCCCCUCGUCGUCGUCGCGGCCCCCGCCUUUGCCGAUGAGGAAGUCGCCGCCGUCGCCCCCGAAGCCGCUGCUGCCGUGGAAGCAGAGCCCGAGACACCGGCAGACCCCGCGCCAGCCACAGACGAAAACGAAUUUAUUGCCCGCCUCAAGGCCCAAUCGGAAGCGAACAAGGACAAAUACCUGGCACAGUCCCGAAUGAACGACAAGCUCAGCAAGCGCCAGUUCAAUAGCCAAUACGACCGACCCUCCUACGUCGGCGUUCACACAGCCGACAACUCGUCCGUAAAAAUGCUUCUCAAGGCCGAUUUCGAGCAGAUGUUGAAGGAAGGCAAGAUCGAACAAAAAUACGAAUCUAAGGUCGUCAAGAAGACGGGGGAGAUCUCGGACGACUUCUCUAAGCCUAUUUGGAUGUUCGCAAACUAAACAAAAUGCCAAUAAAAGAUAAAAGUAAAAACAACAC